AUGUCUGAAAAAGAAAAAUUGAUAGCACUUGUCAAAAACAGACGUUUCCUGUACGAUUUAAAUGAUCCACAGUAUAAAAAUCGACAAAAACGAAUGGAAGCUUGGAAAGAAAUCACGCGGCUAAUGGGCUCGGGCAGUGCAAACAUCUGGAGCGCGAAAUGGAAAGGUUUGAAAGACAACUACGCAAAGUACAAGAAAACUUCUGAACCAGGCUUCAUGGAAGCCUACAAGAAGUACAAACAUUGGCCUUGGGCGGAUAAGGUGAAGUUUCUAGACGAAUGCAUCAGCACAACAUCUAGAAGAGGUUUUAGUUACACACCAAAGGAGUUCAGCGAACCUAGUCCAGAUAAUGCAAAUGUUAAAACCUCCACGGACCAAAUACACGAAGGAUCAAAUGAAUGUGAAGUCAAAAAAGGAUCAUUGGACGGCGUAGACCAUUUCUUCCUAAGUUACGCGGACACUUUUAAAAAAUUACCCCCUCGUAUGCAAAUUAUGUUGAAGUUGGAAAUAGCGACAUUGUUCAACAGGUUCGAAUUACAAGCUGAAGGUCUAUCGAAGGAAUCUAUAGACAACAUGCCAAGGAUUGUUCAUCAUCCCAUUAAAUAUGAAUUCGAUUUUGAAAAUGAAAUUAUGAAUGGAUGAAUAGAUCUUGAUAUAAUGGC